GGAACAAUAUGAACAAGAAGAAGAAGAAUACGAACAAGAAGAACAGUACGAACAAGAAGAAGAACAAUAUGGGCAAGAAGAAGAACAAUAUGACCAAGAGGAACAAGAGAAACAAGCAGAAAAUAUAAAUGAACAAACACAGUAUGGCUAUUCAAUACCACCACCACCACCGGUGAGUACAGGAGAUGAUGAUGGAUUAUCCAAUGUGAUCAUGGCAUGGUAUUAUGCAGGAUAUUAUACAGCGCUAUAUCAAAGUCGCCAUGGCAGCAGAAGUCAGUAAAGAAACGUCACUGUGGAACUUUCCUUAUUUCUUUUUGUUUGAGGAUAACCUCUUUCUUUUUUUUUAUUUUUAUUUUUUUAUUUUUUUCCUUUUUACAAAAAAAUAACAAACUCACACUAUGGAAAAUAAUAAAAGUCCCAAAGCACCUACACUUUGCACAGCAGGUUGUGGGUUCUAUGGUAAUGAACUAUUCAAUAACAUGUGCUCAAAGUGCUUUAAAGAAGCAACAGCCAAAAAUGAAGCAGUAACAAAAGAAGAAACAACAAUUAGAGAGCAGCAAUCUACACCUUCUACUACUACAGCAACAACCAGAAAGCAUCUCCGAACGCCUUCACCAGAACCGAGAGAUAUUGAAACAACAGUGCCACCUUCAAUACCUUCACCAUCUGACUCAAAGAAUGACAAUAAACCAGUUCAGACAAAUAAAGGAAGAUGCUUCAAAUGUCGAAUCAAGAUUCCAUUAGCCAAACAAGCAGCCAAUAAAUGUAGAUGUGAUUAUGUAUUUUGUGAUACACACAGGUAUCCUGAUAGACACGACUGCGAAAUUGAUUAUGCAAAAAUGGACAGAGAGCUUUUGGCAAAGAAUAAUCCAAGGCUUCAUGAAAGACCUAAAGGCGGAAGGUCUUUCCAACGUAUCGAUAGUUUAUAAUUAUCUCCUUUUUUUGCACAUCGUUUCUCUUUUUCCUUUAUUAUUAUUUUAUUUUAUUGUUGCAUUACAAAAUGUUUACACACAUAAAUAUAUACGCAUAUAAAGGGGGAAGGGGGAACCAGGGAGAGAGGAUAGUUUGUUUUUAUUAUUAUUAUUAUUCUUAUUUACACAAUGAAAGAACCAAAAAAAAAAGAAAAGAUUUAUUGGACAACAUAAACUAUACAAAUAAUA